AUGAAGCCUGCAAAGAUGAUUAAAAACCUGGUAGAAAGGGGUGUCUUGACAACAGAGAGACAGAACUUCCUCCUUGUUGACAUGACCACACAUCCCCUCACCAACAACGUCAUCAAGCAGCGCCUCAUCAAGAAGGUGCAGGAAGCUGUUCUUGACAGAUGGGUGAACGACCCUCACCGCAUGGACAAGCGCUUGCUGGCCCUCAUCUACCUAGCCCACGCCUCGGAUGUUCUGGAGAAUGCUUUCGCCCCCCUGCUCGAUGAGCAGUAUGAUCUAGCCACCGAGAGGGUGCGACAGCUCCUCGACGUGGGUCCUGAGGUGGAGUGUCUGAAGGCCAACGCCAGCGAGGUGCUGUGGGCGGUGGUGGCGGCCUUCACCAAGUAACUGCUCCGAGGGAAGCAUCUCCUUUCUCACGUAGACCAGUAGUUUUUCCUCUAGGGACUUCGGU